CUUGUGCAUUCCAACAGUGAUUUCUCGCGCAACUUACAUGAUAUCGCCAACCCGAUUCUUACAUUGAAUUCAGCAUGCCCGAAUAUAAUGAAGUCGCGUUUCACCGACUCGACCCCGCUGGGCAAAAUUACCUUCCCCACCUGUUAUCACAAGGCUCGUCUUGCCGGAAUCACAGAAAAGAACAUCAUCGCAGGCUGGAAGUCAGGUGGUUUAUGGCCUGUGAGUCUCUCCAAAGCCGCUGAUGAACCCGAUGGUCAGCAAGCUGCCUGAGCAUAACCCUCCCCCCCCUCGGGAAAAAAAC